CUGAAAGCUUUAUUUUGAAAGCCAUAUUUGCGAUAGCACCAGAAGCGGAUUGACUAAAGGUCGUAUUAGAACUAAUGGCUGACUGACUCGUUGGCGUAAUAGCUGUGUAUUUAAUCUAAAAAUGCGAAAAAUCCGGUGUCCAUAGUCCCCGACAAUGCUCCGUUCCAUUAAAAUAAGCUUUAUUUUUUUCUUUCACUGACUAUGAUGGAUUACAGAGCUGUGCUGCAGUUUGCUACAUUCACCAGAGCUGCCUCGUUGUUAUUGCAGGCUGUCUUGAACGCUGCCAUCCCUGACCACGAUGCUGACGCGUUCAGGCCCCCACGGACAGAAGAGCCUUUGUACUUGGACUCUGCGGUGGAGUGGUUAUUCGGUGGUCUCUGCCACUGGGACGCCGAGCAUUUCCUCUUCAUCGCUGAGAGAGGAUACCUCUACGAGCACAACUUUGCUUUUUUCCCCCUUUUCCCCAUCAUCCUGCGGGGCCUGGCCGACACGUUGCUGCGGCCCCUGGGCAGCUGGUUGAGCGUGCGAGGCCGUUUGCUGGUGGCGGUCGCUCUCGGGAACAGUACGCUCUUCCUGCUGAGCGUGGUGGCCCUGCACGCGCUCAGUCGGGUGGUUAUGCAGGACCGGCGCCUCGCCCUGCUUUCCACCCUGCUCUACUGCAUCACGCCUGCCAAUGUUUUCAUGACCGCGGGCUACUCGGAGAGUCUGUUUGCCGCGCUCACCUUCGGGGGUCUGUUCCUCUUGGAAAAAGGGUUCACCUUUAGAGCCUGCCUGGCUUUCAGUAUCGCCUCGGCGGCGCGAUCCAACGGCCUGUUGAAUAUAGGCUUUCUUCUGUAUCUUCCAUCGGUAUAUGCCAUCUCCCAGAUCCGUUUCUGUCGAUCGAUUGCAAAAGGCCACAGCAAGAUCUUCCGCUACAUUUGGAUCAUCAUCCGCCUCCUGCUCACCUCUGUGCUCGGAACAGCAGUCAUUGCCCUUCCCUUCUGCGCUUUUCAGUACUACGGCUAUAGAACGUUUUGUACACCAUCAGCCUCCUUGGAUCGCAUCCCCCCGGUUCUCUUCUCCCUGGCUGAACAGAAGGGCUACCGUAUUGCAGAUGAAAAUAGUCCUCCCCCUCUGUGGUGCAUGAGACCUCUCCCCGUAAUUUAUUCUCAUAUUCAGGACGUGUACUGGAACGUGGGCUUCCUUCGUUUCUUUGAACUGAGACAAAUACCGAACUUCCUUCUUGCUCUCCCCAUGGCAACUUUGGGUGUAAUGGCAGCUUAUGCUUAUUUCCAAGCGAACCCGGAGCUGUGUUUCAGACUUGGACUUUGGGAGGCAGAUUUAAAGAAAGGCCUCGACAAACCAGUACCGGGAUUUUUAAACCCUAAAGUAUUUGUAUAUGUUGUGCAUUCUACUGCUCUCCUGGUGUUUGGGACCUUGUGCAUGCAUGUGCAGGUCCUGACCAGAUUCAUGGCCUCGUCGUCUCCUGUUCCCUUCUGGAUCAGCGCCCAUCUGCUCCUGCUCAACGAGCCGCUUCUUCACCGAAGGAAAACGUCAACACCCAACAUUCAGCUCGAGACUCCCGCCAAAAAUGGAUGCAAGCACCCGCCUCAAAAUCCCAUCGUUGCGUUAAUACCAUACAUUAAGAUGUGCUCUCCCACCACACAAAGCAUCCUGGGAUACUUCCUUUCGUACUGGGUGCUGGGCCUGGCAAUGCAUUGUAACUCUCUACCGUGGACUUGACCGAGUCUGUGGCUGAAGAAUGCCACUUUGGUCGGCGAGACGACUAUUUUUUAAAAAUAAUCCACUGUUAACGUAGUUCACCCGAGAACAUUACAAGAGAUUUUGUUCUGAAGAAACAAAAGCCAAACAAAGCAUGACAAAUGUUGUGCCUCAUUUUGGUUCGAGAAAGAACUUUCAGGAGACGUGUUUACGUAACUGUAGAGACGUGCAUUUGACGACAUUUUCCUUGAUCGACAGUGGAGAAAAUUAACAAUCAAUUUAUUGAUUGCUAUUUUUAAAAUAUUUUUUAGUGGAAUGGGAGAAUCUGUGAAUGUUCUGAACUCCCGUUUCCAUACUGGAGGAGUAGCUAUAAUGUGUAUGUAGCUCAUCGUCUCAUAACUCACGACAUACUGUUGUAGGAAACUAGUUUGCUGGUUGUAGCCCAUUAUCCAUUAAAUGUCGCCUCUAUUAAUUCUAGACUUGCUACGUUGCACACAAUCUACCAAAUUGUCAAUCAUCCAUUAAUUGAUUGUCAUGUUUGUUCAUCUUAGUUUUGCGUCUUUAUGGUUACAGUCGUUAAUGCAAACUUGAGUAGCGUGCACAUGAAACUUGAACGUUUACUUUAUUCUUGUUUUUGUGGUAUUCUGGGAAAAAAUGCAUUUUGUCAUUGAUGCCCCUGAUAAAAUGUAUUCCAUAUUUGUGUUAAACUUGACUGUAUGUACAUAUUUUGAAUAUUCAUCUUUAUUUUUGAAUGUGAAUGGAAAAUAUGGCAUUAAAUUGCAUGCAUUCUCCAAA